CACACAGGGGGUAGUGAAGCUUGGUGUCAAGAUGUAAUCGCCGGGUGACAAGUCACUCGGGACGGUUCGCCGGAGAGCCCUCGUCGAUUGAGAAUUUGGCAGGGAGGAAGUUUCGACGAGGGCUGUUCGCGAGUUCAGAAUUCAGGCAUCGUUGGAGCGCCGUGUUUUGCUAGAUAGGGUGUUAAGGACAUGUUGGAGGGGGUUUAAGAUGUGUUAGCCGUCGAGCAAACAAGAACUCCUUGCAGGAAGUUGACGCUUUGCUACUUAAUAAUCUCCAACUGAUUUCAACUUCUUCUGUGAGAUCUUCUGGAUCAACUUGAUCGUUACGCCUCUGCUGCCAUGCAGCCCCCUCCUCGGACUGGACCCCCGGGAGCCUCCGGGCCUCCUCCUCCUUCCGGGCCAAAUAUGUUCCGCAGGACCAGGCCACUGAAGCAUACAGCAGCAGCUAAUGCGUCAAUGCCGCCCUCUACCCAACCCAUGAUGGACCCAUUUGCUUUUGUUCGCACCCCACCUCCUAUGGGCGCAGGGGGUGUCCCGGUACCCCACAGCAACUCUCCGCUAACACAAGCCCCGCCCGAUUCCACCUACACAAGGGCAGGCCCAGGUCUGGCCAUGCAACCACAGACACUGGAGGGUGUCCCAGCUGCUCCAGCUGGCCCGCCGCUGUGUUCUUUGCCAGCGGUGCCCAUGUUCAGCCCUCACAGUUCAGCCGCAGCCGACGUUCGUACGGGAUAUGCACCAUCGCAUUCUGAGCAAGGUUACUUGAACUCGAGAGAGCGUCCGUCAACCGCAACGCCGCCAUCUGUGCCAUCAGCCCCAGUACCAAGUCAGACAAUGAAUCAGGAAUUCCAUGCGCAGUCUCCCCCUCAGCCUGUUCCCUUCCAGCCAGUGCCUCCUGCCGCCUCCUCUUCUCAAAGGGCCUCCGAUCACGGAAGUCGCCCUCCAUCCGUUCAGAACUAUUUUCAGCCUACCAGUGACCCUCCACAGCAGCCUUUUAAUACGCAGCCGCAGUCCCAGAUGUACCCAUCCAACGCUCCUACCCCUCCGACACAGUUUGGGCAUCCCCAGAUGCAGAAUCCUCUUCCAGACCAGAACCCGACUCAACAGCAUAACUCGCAUUUACAACACCAGAGCUACUUCAUGCAGACCUCUGCCCUGCAAGACGGGUGGUUCAGUCGAGGGCCGCAGGACCCAGCCUACCAUCAAAUGGGGACUGCCCCGGCACACUUACAGCCUCAGUCAGAUUCUGGAGCCCAUCAUGUACCUAACAUGGGUCCCCAGCAAGACUCUGCCGCUACGACAGUUCCAUACCCUCAAGAUACCGGUACACUCUCUAUGUUUUUCAACGAUGAUGUAGAAAAUGAGGAAACCUUAGCAGGAGAGCGAAAAAAGGUCUUGAACGGUAUUCCUGAGUCCUCGCGGCCUCCGAGUAAUCCGCAAGGUGCGCCACCAGCCCACAGUGGUCCUGCAGGUGUUCCUUCUGAUAACCAAGGAUCCCAUUUUCAGGAAAAUUCACACAUACCAUAUAUGAACGACGGAAACGCCGCGUUACAAGGAAGGAGUUCAAAACCCCCUGACUCCCGGUAUGACCAUGUUGAGAAUUUGGAGUGCGUCCCAAACCAGGAAGUGUUGCCCAGUGAAAUCCACGGCAGUCCUCCUGGCUUACCUGCAGCCCACGGAGUGGAUACCUAUGAAACUGGCCCCAACCUGGAGACUCCGGAUUCUAUUCCCAGAUCAAUGAGAUCUGCAAGUGCAUCAUCAAACUACAGCAGCAUGAGUCACGGAAGUGGGACAGCCGGCCGUCGACACCAUGGCGUAGUCGGUACCUUUAUUCAGCAGGAAAGCCCGCGCCUCACCGAGGACCAUAACUUGCCUUCUGCUCCGAUUGCCGCCGCCGGAGGCUACUUUGAACAGAUCGACUCUUACCCAGCUGGAGACGUGGCCACACCGCCGAACACUUCGGACCAAACAUGGCCCACUACGCCGAGCCCCCCAAAACCUACAGGGACCUUCCAGGCCAGUGCUAACAGCUCGUUUGAGCCCGUCCGAUCACACGGCGUCGGGGUGCGCCCUGCCGAGGUCGACAGAGCUAAAAUGGUCGCGGAAGGGAGCACGGAUCCUACGCCGGGUAAUCUCGAGCAGCCACCAGAUAACAUGGAAAAUAUUUACGGGCCAGGUCACCCUCUGCCUAUUGGUGUGCCUCACCCGCCAAACCCCGGGGUUCAGUCUCACUCCCGACCAUCAUCGCGUACCUUUGGCGCCAAUCGUCCCUGCGAGAGCCCUGCCACGACUUUAUGGGCGCAGGGUGAUCCUUCCGGCUUGGCCGCCAGCGUUGUUUUGGCACCCGCUGCCCCGACCGUUCUGGCUCCGCUUAGGGAGCCUAGUGCAGAUGUCAUACAGCCUCCAGAGGAUGGUCCGCUGGAUCUUCAACCUCCUCAGAGAAUCCCACAACAAAAUUCAGAGAACCUUGAGAACCCACCAAAGGUGAGUGAGUUAGACUCUGCGGACUCUCAGGGCAACCUGGGCUAUGCCUCUCUCCUUGUGUCUGAAUCGCUCCAACAGCCUGUUCUGAUUGCACCACCCGUGUCCAACUGCGUGAUUUCCCCCAGUACUUUUGCUCAUGCAGCCAGUGUAAGUACACCCCCAGUUAGAACACUCGGACAGGGUGCCGGUAUAUCCCGUGCACCUGUUUUUUCCUCCAAUCAGAAUCCAGUUGGCCCACCUGCUCUUACCUCAAAUCCAGUCCCGCUCAAUCUGACUCGAGAAAGUGCCGAGGCAGCAACUUCCGCAAUCACUUCGGCGCAGACCCAACCCGUCCGGCCCUCUUUUACUCAUGGUCAGUCGUUGAGUGGAGACCCGAACUUUGCUCUCCCGGUAAAUCCGCUGACAUCUCUCGCGGCUGCGUCCGUCACCAAUCACAAUCAGCCCUCAAAUUAUGAACUCCUUGAUUUUUCUAUGCACCAAUCACAGAGCCAAAAUCAAGCAUCUGGCCAUCCUUCUGCUUUACACGAGUCUCCGCAGUCCAGUAAUGGAUUUUACAUGCAGGUCACAAAAGAUGCGCAACAAGGGCUAAGACUGGACAGGAAUGCUCCUGUUCAGACCUCAGGCCCUUCAGCUACACCGCAGGUCGUGGCAGCUUCUUUAUCAUCCGCUCCACCGGUCCUGCCAGCUUCAUCACCAUCCGCCCCACUGGUCCCGACAGCUCCGUCGUCAUCUGCCCCUCCGGUCACGUCGGCCUCUUCGUCAAACCCGGGGGCUCCACAGUCUUCCUCCAUAGCAGGCGCAAACACUCAGCAGCCCCAAACAGAACCCGCAAGGAUACCAGAGGCAAAUGCUGCCACACAGGGGCCAUCGCCCGGACAGUUUCCAACCCAGAUGCAAGGUCCUGCGACUGCAAGCGUUCCUCCAGGGCCUCUCCCUCCCGGGUCUUCCCAGCAAGCUCCCACAGAGCCGCCACGACCACCCUCUUCCGCUGGCAGCCAGCAUGGCUAUGGGCCCCCUCCUCCCGGCCCGGGGCAGAUGUAUGGAAGCUAUUACGGAAACUAUGGCGACUACCCUGACGGCCGAGCGCCAUACCCUCCUGGUCCAUACCCACCCGGGGAUCCCAGAGCUCAGCAGUAUUAUCAGGAGGGACCAUAUAGAAGCAGAGAUCCUUGGUAUGGCAGGUACGACGGCCCCAACCCAGCUUACCGCGACCCAAACUAUCAGUACCGAGAGCCUCAGCCGGAGCGACCCAGCUCGAGGGCCAGUCAGUAUUCCGACCGGCCCCCAUCCAGGCAAGGCUAUCCCGAGGACUAUCACAGAGCUAACCGAAGUGCCUAUGAUGAAUAUUAUGCAAAUUACGCCAAGCACUAUGAUUAUGCAGGAUACAACUAUGGACAGUAUGACCCCCGAUACAGAGGAUACUAUGAUCAGUCCUAUUGGUCCACUUACGAUGACGCCUACAGAAGCAGGGACAACUACUAUAAUCCACAAAUGUAUCCUGUCAGGAAAGAGGGAUCUGAUGACCAGUGGCUCUACUACCCCGGUUAUGACAGGAGCUUCGACGACGACUACCGCCGGCGCGGUGCCGACGCAUACGACGACUUUGACCGACGCAGCGUCCACAGCGAGCAGUCUGCCCACAGCGUGCACAGCUCUCAUAGCCAUCACAGCAGACGCAGCAGCUUCAGUUCCAGGUCCCAACAGAGCCAAGUUUACAGGAGCCAGCCUGACUUGGUCUCAGCUGUCUAUGAUGCCACAUCAUCCACGCUGGCUGCGGACUACUCCUAUGGACAGUACCCACACCAGACUGACGCAUCCCAGAACUACGGCCAGUACCACUAUUCCUCUGAGUACACGACAGACAGCACCUGGAUCACGCCCGAACAGCCGCCCCCUCGUCCGGCCACUCCGGAGAAGUUCACCAUGCCCCACCGUUGUGCCCGAUUUGGGCCCGGUGGUCAUCUCGUCCAAGUUCUGCCCAAUCUUCCCUCAGCGGGACAGCCUGCGCUCGUUGAUAUUCACAACUUGGAGACAAUGCUGCAGAACACUUUGGAUCAGGAAGAACUACUAGCUUUCCCCGGACCGCUUGUCAAGGAGGAGACCCACAAGGUGGAUGUGAUAAAGUUCUCCCAGAACAAGGCGGUAGCGUGUUCCCAUGACGACAGCCUCUUAGACCGAGACUCCGCCCGCCUACUUUGGGACUUCAUUGUGCUGCUGUGUAGACAGAAUGGGACCGUGGUCGGCACCGACAUCGCCGACCUGUUGCUGAAGGAGCAUCGGUCCGUGUGGCUGCCGGGCAAGAGUCCCAACGAAGCAAACCUGAUUGAUUUCAACAACGAGCCGCUGGCCAGAGCGGAGGAGGAGCCAGGAGCCGGACCGCUGUCCCUCCUGUCGGACACCUUCAUGACGGUCCCGGAAAAUGUCGGAAAAGAAACGGAACGCUUCAGGGAGCUGCUGCUCUUUGGUCGCAAGAAGGAUGCGCUUGAAGCAGCUAUGAAAUCUGGUCUGUGGGGUCACGCUCUCCUGCUGGCCAGUAAGAUGGAUAACAGGACACAUGCACGUGUCAUGACAAGGUUUGCCAACAGUUUGCCCAUCAAUGACCCGCUCCAGACGGUGUACCAACUCAUGUCGGGUAGGAUGCCUGCAUCAGCUACAUGCUGCGGAGAGGAGAAGUGGGGUGACUGGCGCCCUCACCUGGCCAUGGUGUUGUCGAACCUCACACACACUUUGGACCUGGACUCUCGCACGAUCACCACAAUGGGAGACACUCUUGCUUCAAAGGGGCUGAUUGACGCGGCACACUUCUGCUACUUAAUGGCUCAAACCGACCUUGGCGUUUACACCAAGAAGAGCACCAAGAUGGUUCUGAUCGGCUCCAACCACAGUUUACCCUUCUACCACUUUGCGACCAAUGACGCAAUCCAGAGGACGGAAGCCUAUGAGUACGCACAGUCUCUGGGCUCCCAGCCUUGCUCCCUACCCAAUUUCCAGGUCUUCAAGUUGAUCUACGCCUGCCGUUUGGCUGAAGCGGGCUUGAGCGCUCAGGCGUUCCACUACUGUGAGGUCAUCUCUCGGACGAUCCUCAUGCAGCCAUCGUGCUACUCCCCUGUAUUCAUUAGCCAAGUCAUUCAGAUGGCGGAAAAGCUGAGAAUUUUUGACCCCCAGCUGAAAGAAAGGCCCGAGCAGGAGUUGUUCACUGAGCCUGAUUGGUUGAUCCAGCUCAGACAGUUGGAUGGGCAGAUCAAAACGGGGGCAAUUACUUUCGCUGCUGACAGAUCAAGCCCCACACAAUUCACCAGCAGCAGCCCAAGCUCGGACCUGGAUCAGCCCAGUCUCGCUGAACCUUACAACACGCCGCUGGAGUUGGAUGGCCCAGGAAGCCACAAUCCGUUGAUGACCUCGUUGCUGCCGGGGCCUCCUCCACAGGGAAUACAGCUGAUGCCUCCAGCUCCCACCUCCAUCCUCCAAGAUGGAACGGCCCCACAUCAAGCCCACGGUGAUAUGCCACAAUUCUACCCAGUACCACCCAGUGGGCCGCCCGGACACAUUCCUUUGUCAGGCUACCCUCCGCACGAUCCCGCCUACGCGCAUCCCCACUUCCACCCUCCGCCCAUGCAGUCGGAAAUGUACCCAGGAGCUCACCAGCAGCCAGGUCCCCCGCCCCUUCAUAUGGGCCAGACGUCACCCCUCAUGCCUCCGCCACAGGUCCCCCAUUCGCCGGCGCACGGGGGGCAGCAGCCGCCUCCGAUGCCGGCGCAAAUGCCACCUUCGCCCGGGCACGCGGGCACAUCGCCGGAGAUGCAAAUCAACCAACCGAUAUCCCCGCUCAGAAGCUCCUUUCCGCCGCAGAUGGACUUCUAUGACCACAUGGCACAGAUGGCUCCCGGCAGGAGGUCAAGGACCACGUCGCAGUCUUCAGUGCACCGGGCGUCGGGACGGCGCUCUCGCACCACCUCUGAGUCCUCGACUCACUCCGGCGGACGUGACAGGAGCAAUUCAGCUGUCAAGCAGGCUUCUCCGCCGCCUCCCUCCAUUCCUGAGCAGCCCCGCAAGGAGGAGACCAAGAAAGCCAAGAAGGACUCUCCCAAAAAGAGUGGCGGCGGUGUGGGCUGGCUGACGACCUGGCUGUACAGGAAGGGCAAGAGUGAGGCUCACUUACCGGACGACAAAAACAAAUCUAUCGUGUGGGACGAAAAGAAGCAGAAAUGGGUGGACUUGAACGAGCCCGAGGAGGAGGUCUGUAAACCCCUUGCACCGCCUCCCUCUGGCUUCCCCAAGAUGGCUUCCAUGCCCGCUCCUCCGGGGCCCGCGGCACCCCCGGGCAGUGGUCCCCCAGUCAACAUGUUCUCAAGGAGAGCCGGCAUAAAGAGCCGAUACGUGGACGUGCUGAACCCCGGUGGAGGUGCCAAACCAGCCGGGAUGGCUCCCGCUCCUCCGAUGGAACUCUUUGCGCCUCUCGCACCGAUGGCCAUGCCCGCCAACUUAUUUGUGCCUAGUUCAGCUCCCAAAGAUCAACAACCUCUGGAAGGCAGCGAAGGAGGAAAUCAGGAGCAGAUGUCACCAAACAGCUCCGUUCCACAGAUGUUCAACCCGACGCUGUUACCGCCGGCCCCGCAAGGUCCCCCCGCCCUCGACGGCUCACAUUCUGGAGAGCUGUCACGUUCUAGCUCAAUGAGUUCUUUAUCACGCGAAGUGAGUCAGCAUUUAAACCAGAGUCAUCCGGGCCUGAGAGAUGCACCUGUUGGGGGCGGCGUCUUUUUAUAACCCAGCACAGACGCCUGCGAGCAUCAUGAUGAGACGCCACCGUGUCGUAAAACACUCGGCGGCUACCCGGAAGCCGAUAAAUGUCGAGUUGAGAUGCUGCGUUUUCUCCCGGCGGACGGCCCAACCACUCUUUAAUUCCUGAAAAUCUAUUUAAAAAAAAAAAAUAAUCAUACGCCUGGUGUUUUUCUCUUUUUCUGAAGCAGUACUAUUACACGGGCAUCAUUUAAUGUACAAAUAAAAACUCCUCUCGGCUUUAAUGUUAGCACAAGCAGGUUUCUGUAUCUUCUCCCUCUCGUGUCUUAAACUUGCAGCUUCAUCUACAAAGAACUUUUUUUUGUUUGUUUGCUUUUUUUUUAAUUUCAUAUAGUGGUCUCGUAAUAAUGUUCUUCUGACGGCAACAUGAGAACCACCGGUCUUGUAGUGUGUCGUCUGCUAUGUCUUGUGUCCCUCUACUGACCCCUCAAAAGAACCAGACUGGAUGUGAGGACGCUGCAUGUUUCCACAUAUUUAUUUAAAAGCCCGCCUGUGAAUGAAACGACGUAACUUUAAAGUCCAAAUAUCUUGUCAUGAGCGAGAGGUGACCAGCAGUAAUCAUAAACCACCACAUGCAAAAAAAAAAAAUCUAUCUAAAUGUUUGUAUAUCAGAUCGAUUGUAUUUAUGAGCUGGUGGCAUCAAGGAAUGCGUGAGUGUGUGGAAAACAAAUUUGUGUGCGAUUAGCUUUGAUGAAUCAUUUAAAGCAAUGUCACCCAUUCAUGUUUGUAACGACCCAUGGCUACAAAUCCACAUUGUAAAAUGAGAGCAAGUUGUACUUGUAAGUACACACACUGUAAUUUACUAACGUAAUUUUUAAUGGAAUUACUUCUCAGCCCUUCAGCUCACCUUAUAUUUAAUUCCAUUUUUUUUUUGUUUUGUUUUGGAGACUUGAUUUGAAAAGGUCCCCCCUUUGUUUCAACAAAUGGAUUGUGUAAAAUACAAAAAAAAAGGCAAAUACACAAUAAAAGGUAUUUUUGCGCUCGA